CUGCACCUAUUUGUAAUUGAGUUUAUGGACCGAGGCGAAAGCCUAGCCCACUGCAAACCCACAGUCGGGCGUCAGGGACCUCCUCUCCUUUCGAUUAAGAGUUAAGAUAAAAAUUAAUAAAUCGGUUAUAGAAAACAGAGAAUCAAGAAAGAAUAAAAAAUCAGUCAAGAUCAAACACACAACGAAGACGGCCAAGGAAGAUUGUUUGAUCUCAAUUCUCUCAACUUCUCUUCCUUUUGCCUAUGCACACCCCUACAUAUUUAUGCAUUAUAUAUAUAUAUAUAUAGUUACAGACGUAUGUAUAUACGAGUAAUUCAUUGGAAAUUUGGUGGAAUUUGGAAUCAUAGAAGAGAAACAAGGUGUCUCUUAACAUGAAAACCCUAACCCAAGCUCUAGCAAAGACUGCAGCAGUGAUCGAGAAGAGAGUACAUACCACUGUACAGGAGGUGACCGGGCCAAGGCCAUUGCAGGACUAUGAACUCCUCAACAAGAUCGGCUCGGCAGGGCCGGGUCUUGUUUGGAAGUUAUACUCUGCAAAGGCUACGCGGGAAGGGACGCGUAAGCAGCAAUAUCCCGUUGUGUGCGUGUGGGUGCUGGAUAAACAGGCACUGUCCGAGGCACGAACUUGUGCGGGGCUGUCUAAAGCUGCGGAGGACGCGUUCCUCGAUAAGAUCCGAGCCGAUGCGGGACGGUUGGUUAGGUUUAGGCAUCCUGGAGUGGUGCACGUGGUGCAGGCACUAGACGAGAACAAAAAUGCGAUGGCCAUGGUCACAGAACCCUUGUUUGCGUCGGUAGCUAACGCCCUCGGGAAUGUGGAGAAUGUGGCCAAUGUCCCCAAGGAGCUCCAGGGAAUGGAAAUAGGUUUGCUGGAGGUGAAGCAUGGCUUGCUUCAGAUUGCAGAGUCCUUGGACUUCCUCCAUAAUAAUGCGCGUCUCAUUCAUCAAGCUUUAUCGCCCGAGAAUGUAUUUAUUACUUCAAGCGGAGCUUGGAAGCUUGGUGGAUUUGGUUUUACAAUCUCAGCUGAUCAGGCUUCACGUGAUUCGUCUGUGCAGCCUUUUCAUUAUGCUGAAUAUGAUGUUGAGGAUUCUGCGCUGCCUCUUCAGCCAUCAUUGAACUAUUCAGCGCCAGAAUUGAUUCAGAGUAAAACGCCUUCAGUGGGAUGUUCUUCUGAUAUUUUCAGUUUUGGAUGUCUUGCCUAUCAUUUGAUUACACACAAACCAUUGUUUGAUUGCCACAACAAUGUCAAAAUGUACAUGAAUACCUUGACUUACAUAUCCAGUGAAGCUUUCUCCUCAAUUCCACCAGAGUUAGUUCCUGAUUUGCAAAGGAUGCUCUCUCCAAAAGAGUCUUUCAGACCAACAGCGUUCGACUUUACGGGUUCUCCAUUUUUCCGGGAUGACACUAGGUUGCGUGCCCUUUGCUUCCUCGACCACAUACUUGAAAGAGAUAACAUGCAGAAGUCUGAGUUUCUGAAAGCAUUAUCAGACAUGUGGAAAGAUUUUGACCCCUGUGUAUUGCGGUAUAAGGUACUGCCUCCUCUCUGUGCAGAACUUCGGAAUUUGGUGAUGCAACCAAUGAUCCUACCCAUGGUUCUGACUAUAGCAGAGUCUCAGGAUAAAGUUGAUUUUGAGCUGUCCACACUGCCUGCUCUUGUUCCUGUCUUGAGUAGUGCUGCAGGUGAGACACUAUUGCUGCUUGUGAAGCAUGCAGAGCUUAUUAUCCUCAAGACUAAUCAAGAGAACUUAAUAUCUCACAUCUUGCCAUUGCUUGUUCGAGCUUACGAUGAUACAGAUCCUCGCAUACAAGAGGAAGCUUUGAGGAAAUCGGCAUUCAUUGCUAAGCAACUUGAUGUUCAGCUAGUGAAACAAGGAAUUUCGCCUCGUGUUCAUGGUCUGACCCUCAAAACAACAGUUGCUGCAGUCAGAGUCAAUGCUUUGGUUUGCUUAGGAGAAAUGGUUCAUAAACUCGAUAAACAUGCUGUUAUGGACAUCUUGCAAACAAUUCAGCAGUGCACGGCAGUAGACCAUUCUCCUCCAACCCUUACGUCUGCGCUUGGGGUUGCAAACUCAAUUCUGAAGCAGGUAAUAGUUUCCAAUACUUGACUUGUUAAGUUGGUAUAAUUGUCAUACAUGUCUAUGUAGAGGAAUUUCACGUAGUACAGCUCAUUG